CUGCGCGCCCGUCGGGGACCGCUGGCGCCUCCCGCGGGGAGUCCUCGCCCACGCGUCACCCGCAGCGGCUGGGGGACCCUGGGACGUGCGGGGUCGCCAGGCCGAGCCGGGCGCCCCCCAGUGGCCAGCGCCGGCCCCCAUGGCUGGGCCGCGCAGAGCCGAGCGGGCAAGGUGAAUCCAGCCCCGGGGCCGGCAGCCGGAGCGCUUGGCUGGGGUGCCGGCUCCAUGGGCAGCGGCGCUCGGCACGAUGAUGGACGUUAACAGCAGCGGCCGCCCCGACCUCUACGGCCACCUCCGCUCGCUUAUCCUGCCGGAGGUGGGGCGCAGGCUGCAGGACCUCAGCCCCGACGGUGGCGCCCACUCAGUGGUGAGCUCCUGGAUGCCGCACCUGCUGAGUGGCAUCCCGGAGGUGACAGCUAGCCCCGCGCCCACCUGGGACGCGCCCCCGGACAAUGUCUCCGGCUGCGGGGAGCAGAUCAACUACGGCAGAGUCGAGAAAGUUGUGAUCGGCUCCAUCCUGACGCUCAUCACGCUGCUGACGAUCGCGGGCAACUGCCUGGUGGUGAUCUCGGUGUGCUUCGUCAAGAAGCUCCGCCAGCCCUCCAACUACCUGAUUGUGUCUCUGGCGCUGGCUGACCUCUCGGUGGCCGUGGCGGUCAUGCCUUUCGUUAGCGUCACAGACCUCAUCGGGGGCAAGUGGAUCUUUGGCCACUUCUUCUGCAACGUCUUCAUCGCCAUGGACGUCAUGUGCUGCACGGCCUCGAUCAUGACCCUGUGCGUGAUCAGCAUCGACAGGUACCUCGGGAUCACGAGACCCCUCACAUACCCUGUGAGGCAGAACGGGAGGUGCAUGGCCAAAAUGAUUCUGUCGGUCUGGCUUCUCUCGGCCUCCAUCACCUUACCUCCGCUCUUCGGAUGGGCUCAGAAUGUGAACGAUGACAAAGUGUGCUUGAUUAGCCAGGAUUUUGGCUACACGAUCUACUCCACCGCCGUGGCGUUUUAUAUCCCCAUGUCGGUCAUGCUGUUCAUGUACUAUCAGAUUUACAAGGCCGCCAGGAAGAGCGCGGCCAAACACAAGUUCCCAGGCUUCCCACGUGUGCAACCGGAGAGCGUCAUCUCCUUGAAUGGUGUGGUGAAGCUCCAGAAGGAGGUGGAAGAGUGUGCAAAUCUUUCGAGACUGCUCAAACACGAAAGGAAAAACAUCUCCAUCUUCAAGAGGGAGCAGAAAGCAGCCACCACCUUGGGGAUCAUCGUGGGAGCCUUCACAGUGUGCUGGCUGCCGUUUUUCCUCUUGUCCACAGCAAGGCCCUUUAUCUGUGGCACCGCCUGCAGCUGCAUUCCGCUGUGGGUGGAGAGGACAUGUCUGUGGCUGGGCUAUGCAAACUCUCUCAUUAACCCUUUUAUAUAUGCCUUCUUCAACCGGGACCUGAGGACCACCUACCGCAGCCUCCUCCAGUGCCAAUACCGGAAUAUCAAUCGGAAGCUCUCUGCGGCAGGCAUGCACGAGGCCCUGAAACUUGCUGAGAGGCCCGGGAGAGUCGAGUUUGUGCUGUAAGACAAAACUCUGACCACUGUAAAAAAAAAGGUCAUGAUACAUGAUCCAGAGUGGAUUACUGGAGGCGAAAAGUGCAAAGCGGGUGGAAACUACGAAAUCAUUGGCUGAGACUUCAAAACGGAACGUGGCUUCUGUCUUCUUGGCAUGGCUGGAAUGUAACCGGGGGUGGGGGGUGAUCUGUUGUACAAAGUGUAUU